UAAAUGAGCACAGCCACAUACACUCUCGUCAAUUUCAUUUCCUUUGGCGAUUGGUUGACUUACGCGGCCAUCAGGCUAGAUCACCCGCGUGUUUACUGUUUCAGUUCUCUUUCGAUUUUCUCCUCGUCAUCGUCUUGCGCGAUGACAAGCACACAUGAUAUCGAUAAAUCAGCCACGCCAGACGAGCGACGUGGUUUACUCUUGAAUGUUGACGACAUAGACGUCGUCCAACCUGACCUCGAGGAGCAGCCCACUUCCCCUGCGACCUCACACAAACGCAAACGUUUUGCUGGAUUCAGUGUUCUCCUCUCGCUUAUUCUCGCUGCCACCCUAUUUGAACUCUGGCCCCGUACUCGAUACGACACGAGAGUCGGGAGGGACGCAUUGUACUCGAAUGGAACGCACGAGUUCAAGAAGACAGUACUUAUGGUUUCGAUCGAUGGUCUUCGUGCGGAUUAUUUGGAUCGUGGACUUACGCCACAUUUGCUAGAUAUCAGUCGGGAAGGUCUGAGGGCAAAGUACAUGAAACCUGUUUUCCCCACUCUGACGUUCCCAAAUCACUGGUCACUGAUGACUGGCCUCUACGCCGAGUCGCACGGCAUCAUUGCUAACGAUUUCUGGGACCCCGUUUUCCGAGACACAUUCCAUUACGCUCGUGUUGAAUCCGCGCAGAACCCGAGCUGGUGGCUCGGCGAACCUAUGUGGGAAACUGCUGAACGUGCAGGCAUCGUCACCGCAAAUCUCAUGUGGCCUGGUCCUUGGUCUACAUCCUCGGGUGUGAACUCGACAUAUUUCCUACCGUGGGAGAAUAACUACGCUCUCGAGAAGAAACUUUCCAAUCUCUUAGAAUGGAUUGACCUCCCGCUGGAAGAACGGCCGCAGCUUAUUCUUGGGUACGAACCGUCGCUAGACCAAGCUGGCCAUGCAACAGGGCCAAUGUCUAAGGCCGUUAAUGUAAGCGUUGUGUCAAAUUCAUUGAUUGAUGCGCUUAUUUUAACUCGCUACUUACCACAGAUGAGUCUUGCAGCUGUCGAUCUUUUCGCUCGGAACCUAACCCAAGCACUAGGCGAGCGUAACCUCACGCACAUCGUUGAUAUCAUCUUUGUUAGUGAUCAUGGGAUGACGGACACCAGCCACCCAACUUGGGUAUAUGUUGACGAGAUUGUUGGUCAGCCGUGGAAAGGUGUUACCAGGGUGGACGGUUGGCCAUCUAUGGGUUUACGCUUCGCUCCUGGCACGAACGUGACCGAAGCCCUUGAGCGUCUGUACGAGUACACGCUUACCUACCCGGAUCAGUUUGAUGUGUUUACGACUGAGAGCUUCUCUACCGACCCUGGCACCUCUUUGGUAGACCUCAAUGCAUUCAACUACGGUAAGAUGUCUGCAGGUACAGUGGAGCCUAUGCCAGAACGAUAUCAUUUCUCCCGCAAUUACCGCAUCGCCCCUGUGUGGAUUGUCCCGCGCGUGGGCUAUGCGCUGACUGACCGCACGGACGGCGAAAAUGGAAUGUCAACUGGAGUGAGUUUACCUUACCAUAUCUCAUAUUGCUUGAUUUCUGUGCUGUAGGUCAUCGGGCUAACGCAUUGGGCCUUCCUAGAACCACGGCUAUGACAACGAGGACCCGUCGAUGCAUGCUAUCUUCGUUGCCCACGGGCCUUUCUCGCAGGUCGCGAAGGCUGCUGUGGUUGCACGAGGAGAGUGCGAUGGUACAGGAGAAUACGUGAUGCCAGGGUUCCAGAAUGUCGAGAUUUACAACCUUGUGAUGCAAUUGCUGGGCCUCGACGCUACAGAUACAGCUAUAACCAACGGAACCGUUGGAUUCUGGGAUACGUUUGUCUUGCCAGAUGCUUAAACUUGAUACAUAUUUGAAGUCGAGCUACUUUAGAGCUAUCAUUACUCAUCACGUUACUGGAUACUACAUAUGCAUCAUGUUUGCUACCUUCCCGUAGCUAGACCAAUUAAUGAGGAGAUUUAAUGCGAUA